UCUGACGUCUAAACAGGAAGUGCUUGCGCUAUAUGGUUGAUGAUAUUCAAACGCUCGUUUUCCAGUAGUAAGCUACACGAAAGAGUUUUUACAUAUGCUACGUUAUGUCGUGAAACGUUUAGUUUCUUACAAGAUACUAAACCAAGAAAUAACGUCACCAGUCAUGCAGGCAGAGAAAGAAGAUGAGGAUGAGCCACCUCCUGAAGAAUAUGUUGCUCUCUCUGAUUUUACUGGAAGUGACAGCGACCAACUUAGUUUUGCCAGCGGGGACAAACUGCUUGUGCACGCCAAGCCUUCAUUAGCGUGGUGGUGGGCAGAGCUGCAGGGCGUCAGAGGUUAUGUCCCCGCCAGCCACCUCUGCCAGGAUGGUACUGAGGAGGAGGACCCGUGGCAGGAUGAAGAAUACUUCGGCAGCUAUGGGACACUGAAGCUUCACUUGGAGAUGCUUUCAGAUAAAAGCCGCACUGAGGCGUACCGGCAGGUUAUCCUCAGCAACAGUGCUUCACUGAGGAGUAAGGUGGUGAUGGACCUCGGCUGUGGAACUGGCAUCAUCAGCCUCUUCUGUGCUCAGCUCGCACAACCCUCCGCGGUGUAUGCUGUGGAAGCGAGCUCUAUCGCGGAGUACACCAGACACCUGGUGAAGCAGAAUGGUUGUGAGGAGGUGGUCACGGUGCUCCAGGGCCGAGCUGAGGAGAUCGAGCUGCCUGAGCAGGUGGACAUCUUGGUGUCUGAGUGGAUGGGUAGCUGCCUUCUGUUUGAGUUCAUGGUGGAGUCGGUCCUGCUGGCCCGGGACCGCUGGCUGAGGGAAGGUGGUGUGAUCUGGCCUUCAUCUGCAGCCCUCACCCUGGUGCCAUGUCAGGCCAAUAGCUAUUACACAGAGAAAAUUACCUUCUGGGAGCAGCUCUAUGGUCUGGACUUCACUCCUCUUCAUACCAAGGCUUCUGACUGCACCUCUCAGCCUGACUUCAAUACUGACCGAGUUACCCCUAAACAAAGGCCUUUGGCACAGCAGGAGUUCUUCACCAAACCCAUGUUCAACCACCUCAUUGAACCCAGCGACUGCCUUGCUGCUCCCUGUGAUGUUAUCUGCUUGGACAUGUACACCCUCCAAGUCAAAGAACUGGAGGAAAUGAAGGGUCAGUUUCAUUUCUGUGUGGAAAAGUCUGGUGUUUUCCAUGGAUUCACUGCCUGGUUUAGUGUUCGUUUCGACAGCCUGGAGACACGGGGCACAGCAGUGGAGCUAAACACCGGACCCAACUCAGAGCCGACACACUGGAAGCAGACUCUGUUCAUGCUAGACAUGCCAGUCAGUGUACAUGCUGGAGACUCUAUCAGUGGAUCCAUUUUCCUGCACAGAAACCCCAAGUGGAGACGCCACAUGACAAUCACCCUGAACUGGAACGUUAACAGCGGCACAGAGGAGCCAGACAACAGCCAGGCAGAGACAAAGAGUUUCCCCAUGUGGAGGUAACAGAGGCUCUCCAUGUCAGCGGUGGAAAUCCACAGAAAACCAGUCAGAUACAUCCUAACUUGAGCUUCGGGUCAGUGAGGUAUCAGUUCAGAUGCUGACCUAUAAUGAAGCGUAACUUCUGUUUUACAGUGAAUCUGAUGGCAGGAAAU